GACUCAGACACACCUCCACUAGCGUCCCCCCUUUUUCCUGACACAAUAACCCCAGAAUAAUAAUAAUAAAGGGGGAUGAAUGGAUGAUGGGCGGUUGUGGUGCACGUGGGGCCAGUUUCGGAGCGGUGUUUAAAGAUGUGGACACGGCUCCCCUAUCAAUGCGCAUGAUACUGCGGUUCCACUACUACGGCACGCUCCAACUCACCUUGAAUCGGCGCACGGCCGCUCAGCUGUCAUUCGGGUGCGGGGCGUACAGAGAGCCAAUACACGCCCCAAAGCCUCAAUCAGCAGCCAAUCCAAUGACAGCAGAGGCGGACCUGUGGCUGCAUUCUCACACUUGGUUUCACUAUGCGCUCGUAAAACGGCUCCGUCUACUACAAACGCAACGGUGCAGGUGCUCUGUCUCGUCGGGAGAGGAUGCGGAUGGAAGGACGGGGGAGGGAAGGGAUGAAGGGAAACGCCACGAGGGAAGAAUAUAGGAUAUGAAGAGGGGCUUUUGCUGAGACCGUGAGGUGCAAGGUCGAAUAUGAGAGAUUGGUUGAACGGGGCACUUUGUGUGGUAAUAGCUGGUCGGCAAUAGUACUAUGAUUUGGUAUGUGGCCACUCUGAUAGCAAGUGUAUUCAGCACCAGAGGAACGGCCGCUCAAGGUGCCCACGGCGUGAGAGAGGAGCCCCGCUUUGUGACGGCACGCGCCGGCGAGAGCGUGAUCCUGGGGUGUGACGUGUCCCCUCCCCUGGAUGGCCAGCAGCCCCCCUACGUGGUGGAAUGGUUCAAGUUUGGAGUCCCUAUUCCCUUCUUCAUCUACUUCCGCUUCUACCCUCCUCAUGUGGAUCCAGAGUACACUGGUAGAGCCUCUCUGCACGGGAAGGCCUCCCUGCAGAUCGACCCAGUGCGCUCGGAGGACCAGGGCUGGUAUGAGUGUAGGGUCCUAAUGCUGGAGCAACAGUACGACACCUUCCACAACGGCAGCUGGGUGCAUCUCACGGUCAAUGCACCACCUUCAUUUACAUCAACACCACCCCAAUAUGUGGAGGCUAAAGAAGGAGGAAGCACUCUGCUAAGCUGCUCUGCCCAGGGAAAUCCAAAACCAAUGAUCAGCUGGUUGAGGGAAGGGGAGGAGCUUGCAACCAAUGCCAAAUACUCGGUACAUGAUGGCAGUUUGACUAUCCUCGCAAUCACCAGAGACGACAGAGGAGCGUACACUUGCAGAGCGUACAGUGACCAGGGAGAAGUGCUCCACACCACCCGCCUGCUAGUUCAAGGGCCUCCGUACAUCGUUUCGCCACCUGAAAACGUCACCGUAAACAUAUCCCAGAAUGCACUCUUCACCUGCCAAGCAGAGGCGUAUCCCGGCAACCUGACCUACACCUGGUUUUGGGAAGAGGAUAACGUCUACUUCAAGAAUGAUCUGAAGCUGCGGGUGCGCAUCCUCAUCGAUGGCACUCUUAUCAUCUUCCGGGUCAAGCCGGAGGAUGCCGGGAAAUACACCUGCAGUCCGAGCAACAGCCUCGGUAUCUCGCCCUCAGCAUCAGCCUACCUGACUGUUCAGUAUCCCGCUCGAGUGAUCAACAUGCCGCCGGUCAUCUACGUUCCACGGAAACUGCCAGGCAUCAUACGCUGCCCAGUGGACGCCAACCCGCCUGUGACAUCAGUGAAGUGGGAAAAGGAUGGCUACCCACUCAGAGUAGAGAAGUACCCUGGUUGGAGCCUGCUACCUGAUGGAAGUAUCCGGGUGGCAGAGGCCACAGAAGACUCCCUGGGCACCUACACCUGUGUGCCUUAUAACGCCCUGGGUACCAUGGGCAUGUCCCCCCCUGCCACUUUGGUGCUAAAGGAUCCCCCUUACUUUAACGUGAGGCCUGGGGGGGAGUACCGUCAGGAGGCUGGGAGAGAACUAGUAAUCCCUUGUGCUGCUUCUGGAGACCCUGAUAUACCAACCAUCACUUGGAGAAAGGUGGGGAAGCCAAGCAGGAGUAAGCACAACAUCCUACCCAGCGGCAGCUUACAGUUUAUGUCCCUCAGCAAGGAAGACCACGGAGAAUGGGAGUGUGUAGCCACCAAUGUGGUCACAAGCAUCACUGCCAGCACUCGUAUCCUAGUCAUCGGCACCAGCCCACACGCUCCUGGCAGUAUCCAUGUAUUGCCCUCAACAACCUCUGCUAAUGUCUCCUGGGAGCCAGGUUAUGAUGGCGGCUUCGAGCAGACAUUCUCUGUGUGGUACGGUCCAGUGUCAAAGAGAACAGACUUUGGUCCUCAUGACUGGCAUUCAAUGCCAGUUUCUGGUGCUCAGAUUUGGUUGGUGGUAUCAGGGUUGGAGCCUGGGACGGAGUACCAGUUCAGUGUGCUGGCACAAAACAAACUGGGUACAGGCCCAUUCAGUGAAGUUGUGACAGUCACCACUGCAGGCUCUCCUCUGGGUACCCCAGAACCACUGGUGCUUCUUACUCCACCAAGGUGCCUCACAGCCAACCGCACGCAGCAUGGUGUCCUCCUCACGUGGCUCCCUCCAGCCAACCACUCCUCACCCAUCGACCGAUAUAUCGUGGAGUUCCGCCUCGGAGAGAAGUGGGAGGUUCUGGACGACUUGAUCCCUUCCACAGAGACUGAGCUCAUAGCCAGAGAUCUUGUUCAGGAGUCCUGGUAUGAGUUUCGAGUGAUGGCCGUCAUGGACGACCUGAUCAGUGAGAGCAGCAAUGUAGUAGGAGUGUCUAGUACAGCAGAUCCAUUCCCCGGUGCAGAGUUGCCUGAAGAGGGCCUGGCCCGGCCUGUGGUGGCAGGCGUCGUGGCGACCAUAUGUUUUCUGGCAGCAGCAGUACUGUUCAGCACUCUAGCAGCUUGCUUUGUGAAUAAGCAACACCGACGAAAACUCAAGCGUAAACCCGAUCCUCCCUUGUCGGUGACACACUUCAGGAAAAGCAUUGAGUCGCCGCCUCCUCUCACCCCCUUGCCAGGGGUAGAGCCCUGCUGGGACGAGCCUGCCAGCAGCAGUUUCUUGCCCCCGCCGGCCAGCCCCUUGUUAUCAUCAGGGAAGAUCAGUCCAGAGAGCUCCCCUCCAUCUCGGCCGCGCUCCAUUUCAUCGGAGGGUUCCCACGGUCCCGGCCUCUACGUCAGAAAGCUGCCCAGUCCUCAGAGAGAAAAAGACAAAGAGCUCUCUUUCUACAAGAAAACCAAGCGUGCCAUAGCUAGCAAGAAAUACAGUGUGUCCAAACACGAGGCUGAAGUCACCACGCCUAUUGAGCUGAUAAGCCGUGGUCCUGACGGUCGCUUCGUCAUGGAAGCCAGCCCGCCUCCCCGCCGCAUCCAGGGCUUCCCAUUUGCAGAGGAAUCAGAUAUGUACCCUGAGUUCCGGCAGUCCGAUGAGGAGAAUGAUUUUGAUCCUGGGCCUCUGCCGCCCAUCAUGCCCACGCUACGUCCCCAGCUCUCCCCAACGUCCUCCAGUCUGGAGUCAACGCAGCCCCCAACCUACAGCCCCCGCCUGCACAGGCCCAUGGAAGGUAUGAGCUUUGCAGAGGGCAGUGCACUUCACCCCUCAGGGCAGGCCCCAACCUCCCGCUAUAGGGGCUUUCCCCAGGGCCCGUUUUAUGGGUAUCUAGGCAGCCGUGCUGAAUCAGGGAUUCCACCGCCAUUCUAUAUGCCUGACAUCAGCCCGCGUAGCUCUGCUCUGUCCUCACCUCCAGGUACUGCUGAGGGGCCCUUUGGUUACCCCUCCAUUCCUGAGGAGAGUGGGGAGCUGGAGCAUCCUCAGUACACUGCCUCUGGCCAUUCUCUGUCACACACACACAGCCCUCCGCCCCGCUCACCCGAAAGCUGGCAGCCUCACGAGCUACCCUUUCUAGGUCUAGAGGGCCCGCGCUUCAGAUAUCCGCCUCACCAUCCUUUACACCACCCCCAGGACCUUCCUGACCCACCCCCGUACCCCCCUCACUCUUUCCCCCCAAGUCGCCUUCACCUCCCUCAUUUAAAAGAUCCAAUGAGCCCUGGACUCCUGCAACUGGAGGUACCUAUGGCUCCUUCAGGCAGAGACAGGCCCCCAGGGCCUCCGGUUAGGCGCUUAGCUAUGCAACAGGCCCAGAGUCUCGGCCAUCUCAGACACACGGCCCACGGUGUGGGUAUACCAGUGUUGCCUUACCCUGACCCGGCAGCCCGUGCAGGGAGCCCAAGCACAGCCCCCAGUAGUAGCCCUCAGUCCUGGCUCAGCCCAAGGGCAGGGCGCCGGGCAGACCCCAGCCUCCCCCCGUUAGUACUCCAACCCUCGCGCCUAUCUCCACUCUCCCAAAGCCCCCUUAGCACCCAGCCAGGUUCCCCAGAUAUUUUAGUGCGGCCCCCUCCCCGCCCGAGCAUCCUCCGCACCUCUCGGUCUCUGGAGAUGCCCGAGAUCACCCUACAGCCCUCAGCCACUGUCAGUUUCUCCCGGAGGUCGUCCCUAUCUGCCUCACCCACUCAGAGUCAGGGUGCCAAGCAGCCCACCUCCAGUUACCAUGCCCACAUGUCCUAUGCCUCCACUGCAGCCAGUUACCCCUCCCAGUCUCCCUCUCCUCCUCCAGAGGGCAGGGAUGUUUUCGGGCAGAGGCCAUCCCAGAGGAGGACAGAGGAGGAGAUGCUACCCUCAGAGCCCUCCCAGCUCCAGAUAUCAGCCUCAGGGGAACCUCUAGGUGCGUCUAGGGAUACUGCCGGGUCUGAGAGCUUACCAGCACUGCUACACCACUGCAUUACUAAAGCCAAGGGAGUGGCUGCCAACAACAACAACAAUGCAAGAUCCGCCAGAGCAGGUGUACCUCACUCUCAGACCCAGCAGCAAUCUCAGACACCCCGGGAGGGAAGGGAACACAGCUUCCACACCAAGAGGAAAAAGCAAAACAAGAAGCACCCCUACAGCUACUUGACUUCCUUACUUCACCGCAGGCAGUCCGAGGAGGACCAGACAGGCAUUCUGGCCGGCGCAGACUCUGAGGGCCCAAAUUAUGGGACUCUACGCUGACCCGGUCGCCCACCAAGCCAUUUGGACCCAACUAAACCGGCUCCUCCUGACAACCCAACCUCAGCCCUUCCUGCUCCGGCACAGUGACAAGCAAAUACGUUUCUUAUAAUCUCUUAAAGCUGACCUGUGUUUUUGGGUGGCGCUGAACUCUUCUGGGCUGGAAAUCUCAAGACAAGAACAAUGGCUUUUGGGAGUUUUCGCUGCUCCUCCUCUCUACGGAUUUUCACUUGAAGAUGCUCUGAAAAUAUAUACUGUAAAUACGUAGUAAAACAAGGGAAUUAAGCUUCCUCUUACAGUAAUAAAAUGUGUUGGUCGAGUAUGUCACAACACAAGAAAGAUUUUUCACUCACUGAUCAUUGAGGUCCAUAUCUUUAGGUUUUUCAGUGAUACAGCGUACUGUUAAGCCUGGUACGUCCUCGUGCAGGGACAGGCGUGUACCUUUCCUACAAUACAAAUAGUGUCAGUAUUUAAACACAGGGUUCUUACCACAAAAUAUACCUCAGAGUAAACGCAGAGUUGCUGUAAUUCUUGUGGUAUACUGUGCAUAUUUGACCUUUUGACAUAAGAAAAUCAUUAAAAAAAAGGUUUAUAUCACCAACCACUCAUCAAAUAAAAAAAAAAAUAAUAAUAACAUGGCCUAACUUUAUCUAAUUUACAUGCAUUUAAUUAUUAGUAAAAGCUGGCAACUUCUGUUUACUUUGAUUUGUGAUCCAAUGCCAACCACUGACUUCAGUGCUUGAUGCCUCAGUGUUUACACUCAUCGUUGCAGCACGACAUUAAGGCAGUACUUCAGUGCUCAGCAAAAAGAGCAGCGCAACAAUUGUAAGUUUCAUCACCGAGAAAUGAAUUGAAAAAUGUGGCACAUCUUGAGGUGCCAUUUUUCUGUUUCUGUUUGCCUUUGCUUUUUUGUUUUUUUCAAACAUAAACUGCCUUUUUUUUCCUUUGCCUUUUCAUCCAUGUCUCUCUGAGGGACUUUUAAUGUUAGGACUGGUUUUACUCCAUCUGCCAAGGACACAUGGAAGGAAAUAGUACAGGAGAUGCACAGCUCUCAUUUUGUUCGUUUUUUUGUGUUUUUUUGACAUAAAAAAACACAAAUUCAAAAAAGACAAGAAAUUUCAAGAACUGUACAUAAAAAUAACAACAGCGGUACAGUGAGGACGUUAAUGUUUAACAGUAGCUGUUAAAGGAGAAUGUGACUAUUUUAUGAAGCUGUUAACAAGCAAUGGGAAAUAUUCAAACACAUGGCCACCCUGACUGUUUAUUAUUAACUGUAUAUUACUUGCUAGCUACUUCUCUGUAUGUUUGUUAAUUUUUCAACACUAACCGAUAAUGAAUGUAUGCUUUGCUGUACAGGAGAUGAAUGUCCCAGUAUCACAGUGCAUUGAAUGAUUCAUUGUAUUGCUUACAGCUGUGAUCAGUGAGAUGAUCCGUUGGCCCAAAUUCCCGUAAGCGCUCUCCCACACAGGUUCUGAGCCAAGUUCCCUUUGCUACGUCUGCUGAAUCGAUAAUAGAUUUUGAUGUUUUUUGCUUAAGCUUAAUCUGUCGCUUUUGUUGUUGUUCGGCAUAUCUCCUCAGGGGAUUUGGUUUGGCAGAGAUUUUUAAUGCUGGAUGCCCUUCCUGACACAGUGAUGUAUGCUAUCCGGGCUGGGGACAGGCACAGGGAAAUCCAAAAUUUGGGCCCCCUUGUGGCUGCAUAGAUAGGCUAACAUCAAGGGUCUUACCUAAAGGUGCAUUCACACUGAACGUGAUUCACAGGACAUGAGGCGAUUUGAAAUCCCACGGUGCGAUUUGAGCGACGGGCACGGUGCAAAAGUCAGGCAGCAGCUCGUUUUGACCGACGAGGCGUGAAUUAGGCGGCACAGCCAAAACGUAAAUAUCUGAAGUUUGACAGGUCGCCGUGUCGCAUCUGCCAAUCAGGAACUCAGCUAUGGAGACGGAACGUUUUCAGUGACUCGAUCAGCAGGUAGAAUAUUUAUCCAAAGCAAGCACUUUUGUCCAGAACUUUCAUAUAUUUCAUUUACCUGGUGGAACUGCAGGGUUGCAAAACUCAUCUGUAUACUUUGGGGCUAAAGCGGGAUACACUCUGGACAGAUCACUGGCUUUCGCUCAUGUGGCAAAGCUUACUCGCUUAAUAUGCCGGCAGAGAGAGAGCCGCUGCGGAGUGCGGAGGCUGCUGGCUCGGGCCUUAUCGAGACAUUAAAGAAAGAGGGAAAAGGUCUUUUAAUUUUAUUUUUGGCCCUUUUGGUUAAUUUGAGACAGAGAACCUUCAAGCUCAGUCACAGAGACACAUAAACACAGUGGAAGCGGCCGUCAUACAGAUACAGCCCACUGUACAGGGACAAUCCUUGAAUUAUAAUCAUAUAAACCCAAUUAUGGAGACAUGAUCAUAGAUAUUUUGUAGAACUUUUUACAAUAAAUAAACCUUGGUUCUCAACAUUCUAAGAGCGAUAUUCACAGACACUGAUCAUCCUAAAUGCAUUAGCUGGAAGCUCCUCCCACAUAACUCAAUAACACUUUUUUUGACAGACCACGACCAGCGAAUUUGUCGCGUGACGAGUGAGGGGUGGGGCACGUGAAUCGUGUUCGGUGUGAAUGCACCUUAAGGAUGAAAUUCAUCGCACCCCCUGGAAAUCAUCAAAUUGAUUUUUUUUGUUUAAUUUGCGCUUAAUAUCUACAAGAAUGACCAGAGAGAAAGUGGAGAUUGCCUGAGAGCGAGCGUCAAAGUGCACAUUCUACUUUAACAAAUUGGUUAGACGUGGGGAAAACAACAACAUUAAAAAGAAAAAAAUCUAUAUUUGUUAUGUACUGUACAUGCUGUGUAUUGUAUUUGUAAAGAUAAAUCCAACCCUGUUUUGGCAGGACGAUCCUCUUAUACGAGGCUGUGUAAAAUACGGGAAGGAUCCCAAGUUAAAAGAAAUUAGAUUCUAUAUCAAAGUAUUUGCUUACAGUACGGCUUUAAGUGAAUAAUGUUUAUAAAACAUUUUGAGGUGCCUAAUUUGUCAUACUUUAGCAGACGUAAUUUUAUCUGAGAAGAAAAGAACUACUUAAUGUUAGUACCGUACAGUGUAUUAUUGCCAUAGCCUGCUGGCUGCACAAGUUGAUUAGUAUUUUCUCUGAUGUAUAGUAUGUGGAUGCCCACUGGGGAAAAGCUUUAGAAGCAGAAAUGUGUUGCCCUCUAUUAUAUUCCUGGAACAAAGUAAUACUGUAUUUUGCCCGUUCAUGAGCACACAUGUAGAUUCACUCCAGAUCUCUUCGCCUUCACGUGUCCAAAGCAAAUAAAACUGAUUUUUUUUUUUUUUUUUUUACUUUUCAGUUUGAGAAACGGACAUGCUGUAGUCAUGUACAAAACGUGCUGUGGAGGAAGUCGUGUUUACAUUAGUUCGAUGAAGACAAGUGUGUUAGGGCAUAGUUGCUUUGACCAUUACAACUUGGUGCUAUGUUUAACUUUGUGGUGCUGUAGAAUAGAGGUCUAAAGAUUUUUCUUUCUGUUUCCACAAACGACUUUUCUCAGCCCUGUGGGCCUGAGCAGCUACUGUAAACUAGUUCGGGUAGACACUAUAAGUCUUUAUCAUACAGUGUGACAACAAGUGAUAGACAAUACUGGAAAGUAGAUGUAUAACCUCAAAUAAUAGAGACUUGUGACAUUCAACUGAACUCACAAAGGCCUGUUUUCUAUGGUGUGUUUGCAAUGUCUGUCUGUGCUUCCAAGGUACCCUCUCUAAAGUAUAAUUGUGAGAAUAAUGAGAUUAUUAACCCAGCCUAAAAGGAGAAGCAUAGCCUGACUUCGAUUAGUGCUCACCACAUGACAUGCGGGAGGGGGAACCGGGAGCGUGGUCAGGAUCUUUUUUUGUACACGCGAGGUCUUUGGUUGACAUCUCUGUUUUUCAAGCACACGACUCACAUCGGGGGGCAUAGUAGCCUCACAUUACCCCACCACCUCUUUCAAGGAAUAAUUCCUGUUAGUACUGUACAGCUUAGCCAUGAGUUGUCCACAUUUGACUUUACCCUCCUGGCAGAAAGGUUUGGGGAAACAUCAUACAUCCUCCCCCUCAUGUUUUUUUUUUGUUUGUUUUUUAGAAAAGGAUGUAGUCUUCCGGGCGUUUGGUUUUCUCACUCAACAGAAACAUGUACAGCGUUUAAGAGGGCUGCUUUGGACGUACUGUUAGCAAUUCUUCUUUUGUCGUUUUCUUCUGUUUGUUUGUUUGCUUACUGCCUUUAGUGCAUCACUAGUUGCUGAUAGGAUGAUACUGAUAGAUUUGAUUUCUUAUUGUAUUAAACUUGCAUGUAGAGACAAUACAGAAACGCCUAUUAAGCAAUCAAUCGUGGACAUCCAAGCUGGUUGUUGCUGGACGGAAACUAGAAGUAUGUAGUAUUUUCUGUAUUCUCUGUUUUUCCAUGUGUACCAGCACUGAGAAAUUAGAAUGUAUAGUUAUUGUAGGCUACAAUAAGCGCUACAUCGUUGACUGUUUUAGCUAAAAUGCUCAUACUCAAACAAACCAAGUAGUGCUUGAAGAAAGAAAAUUGACAUUUCAUUUUACUUCCAUCUCUUAUGUCUGUGCUGUACAUCACAUGUUUACAUUCUGUAUAUGUUUUUUAUCAGCUUCUCAUAAUGUUUAUAUGUAAAUACCUGGGAGAUUUUUUUUUCCUUUUUUAAUAACUUUUUUUAAAUGACCACCUAACAGUUUUGUCUAUUUUCUUUUCUAGAAGUGUUAUACUUUUGUGUCGCUACAUAAGGUACUUAAGCUUCACUUAACGUUUUGUGAGCAAUUAACUCAUACUGUAUGGUGCUGCACCAAAGCCUUAUGUACAAUAUUUGUAUUACUUUUUCUCUUGUUUGCUCUGCUGUCCAGUGAACUCAUGUCUUACACACACACUCCUCAUGCUCAACUGCCAUGGAUCGCUCUUAUUUUCUUUGACCCUCUGGUCUGAUACCACGCCGGCCUGGAUGUACAGCAACAGUCGCCAUCACAAAAGCCUUUGUAGGGAAAAUGCACAGGCUCUCUCUCCCGGUGGCCCACGUGACGUAGACAUGGGCCUAGCACAUGAUCUAUGCUCCUAUCUCUGGCACGUCUGUGGGAAUAUGAAAGCAGUGUUGUACUCAUGUCACCAUAUCAUUUCAAGAACUUAGUCCCAUAUGAAAAUUUCCUCUCAAAUUUUUGUAUUUUGAUAUAAUAAAAAAAUCUAAAGAGUU